UUCGAGCGCCUUAUCAAAUGCAAAAGCUUCAUAUCUCUUGAUAUAUAUAUAUUCCCGGAAUUGAAAAUUGACCGACGCAGUCGGAAUGGUGAUGACGCAUUUGGGAUACUGCAGGUUCAAAGUUAGAAGGCGAUGACUGAUGACGACGAACCUCGACAGACCCACCCAACUCUCCAACAUGGACGUUCCCAAAGGUCUAAACUCUAGACCUUGGGAAUGACUUUACCACAUCGUUUUGCAAGGCAUCAGAUGUCUGGUGAUAACCUCGUUGGUUUUUAAAGUCUAUGCAAGUUAAGAUCGUAUGAUCGGUUUGGACGUCCGAUAUCCAGCGUUCCACACUUCCGCUUCGGGCCGGCGCCUUUCGUGCGGUACCAAUAUAAUCAUGCCACCGGUGGCUAGGAACAACAAACAUGAUAAAAGGAGAGGGGUCUUCGGAAAUCAUCUAGAAAUAUGAAAGGAAUAAUUCCGUUCAAACGGUUUCAAAACAAAUAUGAUAACGCGAAUUGCAAUUGUGGGUGCCGGGACUGUUGGCGCUACGGCAGCAUAUGCCCUACUCUUGGGUUCCGUUGCGAACGAGAUACUUCUAGUUGAUAUCAAGACAGAUCGAAGAGAUGGCCAGGCUCAUGAUCUUAGUGAUGCUGCGUAUUCUACUAAGAGCAGCUCGCGAAUACGAUCCGCCACAUAUCACGAGGCUGGAGAGUGUGACAUCGUGAUCAUCACUGCGGGAUCGAAGCAGAACGUAGGCCAUACUUCAGUUGAACUCGAGUACAGGAACAUUUCAACUCUAAAGUCCGUCAUCCAUGCGAUGAAACCACAUUUCAGACAUGACACGAUCCUACUUGUGGUAGCGAACCCAGUCGACGUACUUACCACCAUUGCACUAGGGGUCUCAGGACUCCCAAGGUCCCAGGUCAUAGGAUCAGGGACCUUCCUCGAUUCCGUCCGACUGCGCGGAUUGUUGGCCGACAAGGCUGGCGCCAAAGCAAAUUCAAUAGGCAUCUACGUCCUGGGCGUGCAAGGCGAAACUCAAUUUAUCGCCUGGUCCGCCGCGACCUUUGGCGGCGUCCCCAUCGACAAGGCGCUGCCUAUUGACACCAUCGACCGCAUCGAGCUCGCCGACCAGUGCAAGCACGUCGCCCGGACGAUCAUCCAAGCGAAAGGGACGAUCAGCUUCGGCAUCGGCGCGAUCGUGGCGAGUAUUUGCUCGUCGAUACUGAACGACAAACGAGAUGUUCGGCCGCUCACGACGUUUCAGCCGGAUCUGGGGUGCUGCGUGAGUUUGCCGGUGGUGCUGGGGAGGAAAGGGGCAAUUAGGACGAUUCCGGUGGAAUUGAAUGAGGAGGAGAAAAAGACGUUGGAAGAGACCGCGAAGGCGCUGAAGGUCGAGAUUGAGCAGGUUAGAGGCGAGUUGUGAGGAGCUAAUGCAGACAUUUGAGCGGUUCUAGUAAAAUACUUGUGAUUUAAGAAAAUCUCCAGGGGUAUCGGUAACAGUGUGAACAGAGGCACUCUUUUGCUUAUUGAAGCGUUUAAUCAGUGAUGGGAAGUCCCGGGGGAUGGAAUGAUACAUUUUGCUCGCUUGGUUUAGUGGCUCGCUACUUAAAGGCUGUCAGUGCCCCUUUGGCCUCACGGCUCUAUGUCCUAAGGUAGCCAAUGAUAAAUUGGGAACAGACUCAAGAAGCCGUACUAUAGGAAACAGGCGUUGUUGUAGCUAGGGACCGUGCCAUUUCGCAUGAUGACUGCAUUCAGGGGUAAUACCACAGAAGGCAGUCUUUCGAAUUCGCGUUAUUCCCGGAAUGAGGUUGAAAACUGCUG